ACAGAUUAAUACUUUCAUUGAAAUGUAAGAACAAAAAAAACUCCAUUUACAAUUUGUUUACAUAGCAUGGAAUUGUUCUAGAACAGAGGAAGCGCUUAGGUUGCUGUGUGCAUUCUGUAACAGUCAGAUUCUCAAUCUGCCUAAAACCUUUUUAACUUGAGCUUAGCAAAUGAGUACGACUGUGAAACUGUAAGGCACAAAAUGAAACUCCUAGUAGACAAAGACACAUUAGGAAUACAUAUUACAAUACUAAUGAGUCAGCAGAAAUAGUUACAAAGAUCUGAACUACAUGGAAAGAACAUUGGUGUGGAAAAUGCAGCAAAAAGGUCUAUAGUAUAUUCUGAAACCUCAAUUGUCUGCUUGUUAUAUUGCCUUGGAAGGUCCUUUUUAUCUUUCACCUAAAUCAAGAUCUGAUGUAUGGAAAUCAAAACAACACAACAAUUGACCAAGAUGACACCGGUGGAUCUGUCUACUAUUAGUCUCCGGCCAUUCAAGAUCAGUGACGUUGAUGAUUUUUUCUUGUGGGCAGGGGAUGAUCAAGUGAAUAGAAAUCUCCGAUGGAAAACGUGUGGGUCCAAGGAAGAGGCUUUGGCCUUCAUAAGGGAUGUUUGCAUACCUCAUCCAUGGCGUCGCUCAAUCAGCCUUGAUGACUGUUCCAUCGGCUUUAUUUCAGUAUUUCCUUGGUCAGGUGAAGAAAGGCACAAGGCUGACAUAGGCUAUGCCAUUGGGAGCACCUAUUGGGGCCAAGGGAUAGCCACCAAAGCGCUCAAGAUUGUUGUGCCUCAAGUCUUCAAGGACUCUCCCAAUUUGCUGAGGUUGCAGGCUUUUGUUGAUGUUGAGAACACAGCUUCCCAGAGGGUGUUGGAAAAAGUUGGAUUCAUCAGAGAGGGUGUUCUCAGAAAGUAUACUUGUAUCAAAUGGGUGGUUAAGGAUUCUGUUCUGUAUAGUUUCUUAUCAACGGAAGAAGUUCUUGCCGGUCACUAGAUUACUUCUGGUAAUAUUUGGUCUUGUUUGGUGUAAAUAAUGUUAGAUUCACUGUUAAUAUGUUUUCUUUUACUCAUAAUGCUUUCCAUGAAUUCCUAGGUAUUUUUUUUAUCUAAUUGUUAGUAUUUUGGUUGUGAGGAAGUUGAACCAUAAUCUUUAUCAUUUUCUU